GCUGGAGGAGGUCUGUAGCGGUUGUUAUGGUGACGGCUCUGGGCCCUGUCGCCUUCCGUAGCUGGUGGAGCGCAGGAGCGCGGAGUAUGUGAGGGAGAGGGCGCCGCACGGCCGAGGAGAGUCCCGGGACUGUACUGAGUAGGAUGACCAUGGCACAGCUGGGAGCGGUGAUCGCGGUGCUGACGGCUGUCACUGCCCUGGUCCUCCACUCGUCCAUACACAAGGUGGAGGAAGGCCACCUGGCCGUGUAUUACAGAGGGGGUGCGUUAUUAAGUAACCCGAGCGGGCCGGGCUAUCACAUCAUGGUUCCUUUUAUCACCAGCUUCCGCUCCGUCCAGACCACUCUUCAGACCGACGAAGUAAAAAAUGUACCAUGCGGCACCAGCGGUGGUGUCAUGAUCUAUUUCGACAGAAUUGAGGUUGUGAAUAUGUUGCUUCCGUCAGCAGUGUAUGACACGGUGAGAAACUACACCGCGGAUUACGACAAGACCUUAAUAUUCAACAAGAUCCACCACGAGCUCAAUCAGUUCUGCAGUUCUCACACCCUCCAGGAGGUUUACAUUGAGCUGUUCGAUCAAAUAGACGAGAACCUGAAACUCUCGCUACAGAAGGAGCUCAACGUCAUGGCUCCAGGACUUUCGAUACAGGCCGUCAGAGUUACCAAACCCAAAAUCCCAGAAGCCAUUCGGAGGAACUUCGAGCUGAUGGAAGGUGAGAAGACGAAGCUCCUUAUUGCGGCUCAGAGGCAGAAACUGGUGGAGAAAGAGGCAGAGACUGAGCGGAAGAAGGCUAUAAUAGAGGCAGAGAAGUUUGCCCAGGUGGCAAAAAUCAAUUUCCAGCAAAAAGUCAUGGAGAAGGAAACCGAGAAACGCAUCUCCGAGAUCGAAGACUCCGCUUACCUUGCCAGAGAGAAAGCCAAAGCCGACGCCGAGUAUUAUACUGCUGAGAGGUUUGCGGAGUCAAACAAGUUAAAGCUGACCCCUCAGUACCUGGAGCUCAUGAAGUAUCAGGCUAUCUCCGGGAACAGCAAGAUCUACUUUGGAGCUGAUAUCCCCAGCAUGUUCUUGGACAGCAUUCCUCUCAGGUCGUCACAAGAGAGACAAGAUAGCGGCACAACUGAAGUCGAUGGCAAGGCGCGCAAGAGCGAGAAAGUAUGAAUUCGCGAACGAGGCGGAGACAACGUUUGAUCUAGACGGAAGCAGAUGACGGGUCGCGCCCCCCUUCGUCCAUCACAGGCUGAAGGAGGGCCACCACCUGUUGAAACUGCCAAUGAAUAUGCUCUGUUUUUUUGUUUUUUUUUCAGCUGAAAUGUACUAAUUUUUAACGAUUGGCUUGGGAAAUUUGAUGAUAAGAUUUAUAGGCAACGUGUUGACGCUAAAGGUUGAUUUAUGGGUUCCUCGGGUUGAGGUGUUGGAGGAGCCUGUGCUACGUCCUAAUGAGCUUAUGCCAAUAAUAUAUCCGAAGCUUGAUUUGC